AUGGUUGAUCCAAAAAUACAAAAGCAACGUGAAUUACUUCCGAUAUUUCCAUAUAGACAACAAAUAAUAGACGCAAUCAAAAAAAAAAACCUGCUCGUGAUCACUGGCGAAACAGGAUCGGGCAAGACUACACAAAUUCCUCAAUAUAUUCUAGAAAACUUUCCGGAAUGUCGCUUAAUAGGCGUAACUCAACCAAGACGAAUUGCAGCAAUGACUGUCGCAAAGCGAGUCUCCGAAGAACAUGGAACUCGUUUAGGAAAUGAAAUAGGGUAUUCUAUCCGUUUUGACGACUGCACCUCUACAAAGACUCGUCUUCGAUAUAUGACCGACGGCGUUCUUCUGCGAGAAGCUACAACAGACCCCAAACUGUCGAAUUAUGAUGUUAUUAUCGUCGAUGAAGCUCACGAAAGGACGGUGGAAACAGAUGUCUUGUUUGGUCUUCUUAAGCAAACCUAUCGAAUGCGUCCAGAAUUAAAAAUUUUGGUCAUGUCAGCCACCCUAAACGUCGAAAAAUUCUCCGACUUCUUCAACAAAUGUCCGACGAUGGACAUCCCCGGUCGAAUGUAUCAUGUAGAGAUUAAUCAUCAUCGAGAUGCCAAGAUUUCCAGUUUGAAGUCUACUUAUAUAGAACGUGCAGUAGACACUGCCUUAUUUAUUCAUCAAGAAGAGCCACCAGGAGACGUGCUUGUGUUUUUGACGGGGCAGAACGAUAUUGAGAGGGCGUGUAGGGAUUUAGAACGGGAAGCCAGACAUUUGCGAAGGAGUGAUAUUAGGUACGGGAAACAUGUCAAAGCGAUGGUAGUGUAUCCUUUAUACGCUAGUUUGGAGACGAUGGAACAGAGAGCUAUAUUUGACGAACCACCUGAAGGCACGAGAAAGUUUGUUUUUGCCACAAACAUUGCUCAGACUUCCGUUACGAUACCGGGGAUUAAGUAUGUAAUAGACUCUGGUUUCGUCAAGCAGAAGUCAUAUGAUCCUAAUACCGGAAUGGAUGCUCUUCUGGUGGUUCCCAUUUCACAAGCAGCAGCGACCCAGAGAGCAGGUCGCGCAGGCCGCACUGCUCCCGGAAAAGCAUAUCGACUUUACUGUCGAGAAUCAUACGAGCAAAUGGACGAAGAGACUAUCCCCGAAAUUCAACGCAGUAGUCUUCUGGGUACUGUAUUAAGUCUCAAAAAAAUGGGUAUUCAGGAUAUUAUCAACUUUGAAUUCAUUGACCCACCCGAUCCUCUGCUUGUAACCAACGCAUUGAGGCAAUUAUUCUUAUUGGAAGCUAUCGAUGCGAGCGGUAGAUUAACAAGUUUGGGUGACCUGAUGACGAUAUUUCCUCUGAACCCGUUUCUGUCCAGAGUAUUGAUUUCCAGUGCCAAGGAAUUUAAUUGCAGUAGAGAAAUAGUGAUCAUUGUUUCUAUGUUAUCUGCCGAGGAAGUGUUUCAUUCGCCUAAGAACGAGGAGAAGCAGAUGAUUGCAGAAGAAGCACGUAAACAAUUCUAUCAUUCAUCUGGUGAUCACAUGACCCUGCUGAAUAUCUUUGAAGCGUAUCGCGAUUGUGGGCAUGAUAUUGAUUGGUGCAGAGAAAGGUACCUGAAUCACCGCGCACUGUCAAUAGCAAAGAACGUUCGUGAACAAAUUCAGGAUAUAAUGGAAAAGAAUGGAUUACCGAUAAUUAGUUGUCGACGUAAUGAAAAUAGCAACGAUGAAGAGCGAACUAGGAAGAAGCGGAAGACGUAUUAUAGAGAAACAAAGUAUGAUCCAGAACCUAUAUUGCAGUCACUUGCGACGGCUUAUUAUAUUCACCUAAGCAAGCGGCAUCCCCAUAGACCGGUAUUUUACCACUACGCAUCUGGAGCUGCAUCAGAGUCUGUUGAUUCUAACUCGUCCCUAUUAGCAUUACAUAUCUCACCAACGUCUGCAUUGUAUCCUGAAAAUAAGGUGGUCAAAAUUGAGAGCCUGGAUUGGCUUAUCUAUCAUGCCAUUGUAUAUACUAAUAAGGCAUUAAUGAAGACAGUAAGUAAGAUUAGAUAUAAUUGGGUUGAGGAGAAAAUGAGUUUGUUUAAACAACUGCCCAAAACGAGAUUGGAUGGCAGUGAAGUGGCCAAUAAGGAGAGUGGUCAGAACGACGAUAUGUCUGAAAAUGAUCCUGUCAAGAAGAAUAGAAGAAUAGAAGCUAUAGCUGCCGCUAAAGAACGAGCGCUGAGACGGCGAGCAAUGGCUCAAGAAUGA